GCUAUCCGUGAGUCCUUGAUGCCUGUGUGGCACUGAGACAACCUCUACGAAGUCAUGAUUCUGGAUUCUAAUGUUGGUCUACUGCUGUCACUGAGGAAAUUUCUGUGCACAGGGUGUCUGCCCGCUGCUGAGCCGCGAUGGGCGACUGGAGCUUCCUGGGGGAGUUCCUGGAGGAGGUGCACAAGCACUCCACGGUGAUCGGCAAGGUCUGGCUCACGGUGCUCUUCAUCUUCCGCAUGCUGGUGCUGGGCACGGCCGCCGAGUCCUCCUGGGGCGACGAGCAGGCGGACUUCCAGUGUGAUACCAUGCAGCCGGGCUGCGAGAACGUCUGCUACGACCAGGCCUUCCCCAUCUCGCACAUCCGCUACUGGGUGCUGCAGAUCAUCUUCGUGUCCACGCCGUCGCUGGUGUACAUGGGCCACGCCAUGCACACGGUGCGCAUGCAGGAGAAGCGCCGGCUGCGCGAGGCCGCCCAGGGGGCCGGGGAGGGCCAGGGCGCCGGCUCCUACGGCUUCCCGGCGGCCGAGAAGACGGAGCUGUCCUGCUGGGAGGAAGCCAACGGCAAGAUCGUCCUCCGGGGCACCCUGCUCAACACCUACGUGUGCAGCAUCCUGAUCCGCACCACCAUGGAGGUGGCCUUCAUCGUGGGCCAGUACCUGCUCUACGGCAUCUUCCUGGACACGCUGCACGUCUGCCGCCGCAGCCCCUGCCCCCACCCCGUCAACUGCUACGUGUCCCGGCCCACGGAGAAGAACGUCUUCAUCGUCUUCAUGCUGGCGGUGGCCGGCCUGUCCCUCUUCCUCAGCCUGGCCGAGCUCUACCACCUGGGCUGGAAGAAGCUGCGGCCGCGGCUCGCCCGGCCAGGGCAGGGCAGGGCUGAGUGUCAGCUGCCCGGCCCCUCCACGGGCGCCGCCCCGGGCUGCACGCCGCCCCCUGACUUCAGCCAGUGCCUGGAGAACGGUCCUGGGGGCAAGUUCUUCAACCCGUUCAGCAACAGGAUGGCCUCCCAGCAAAACACGGACAACCUGGCCACAGAGCAGGUGCGCGGCCAGGAGCAGAUGCCCGGGGAGGGUUUCAUUCACAUCCGCUAUGCCCAGAAGCCGGAGGUGCCCAAUGGCGUCUCCCCAGGGCACGGCCUCCCCCAGGGCUACCAGAGGGACAAGCGCCGACUGAGCAAGGCCAGCAGCAAGGCCAGGUCCGAUGACCUCUCAGUGUGACCCUCCGGUGGGGGGGACUAGGACCAGGUGGGGACCAAGGAGGCUCAGAGGAGGAAGAGGGGGUCCUGCCGACCCCACCUGUCUUGUUCUCAGCACCGCUCUGCUCCUUGGGGGCCAGUGCUGUCGGAGGUCUAGCCAGGCCUCUGUCUCUCCCCCACCCUCUACCCAGUGCACUCAGUGAAGACUCAGGUUACUCGCUGAACAGGGGAGUAAGGGAAGGGACCGAGGCAAAAUCUGGCCUGGGAGGGGUAGCCAGAGAGAGAGGAUAAUUCUCUCCAUACCAGCCACAUGCCAGAGGGUUCUCUGAGUCUCUAUGGCGCCUGUGAACUGGGUAUCCUUCCUCCUGCAAGGAAGACCCCAGAGCUCCUAGCCGGUAAAGAGCAUGAGCCAAGGAACUUGCACGAGGUGUGCUCUGGAACCUGUGGUGUCCACGGGCCAAGCCUUGCAGGCAGCGAGGUUGCCUUGGGCCGCCCUUGGCUGCCGCUGCCUCUACCCAGUCUUACCUAAAAAGAGGUCCUUGGAGCUUGACCAGCAGCCUCGACUUUACAAGUGCCUUGGUAUGCACGCCUGGCAAAGGUCCCGCCUUUACUCUGCCAGGGGGUGGGUGCAAGCAGGCCAGGGAGUGCACGCAGGCCAGGGGGUGCGCGUGCCCCUCGGGAGCCACUGUGAGCAGACUCCCUGGAAUUCCUGCCACCACCUGUUCUGUAGCUCUUUACAGUUCAGCCCGAUGACAGACACCAUGCCUUCCUGGCCUCCUGUGGCUGUUCACCCAGUGCUCCCUGACAGGCCUCACCAGCCAGGAGACCCAAGAAGCCAUCGUCCUCUCUCAGAUCCUGACCAGAUCACCAGCCACAGAGGCCAGUGGAAUUUCCCCAGGUCUUAUUAAAACAACAAGAACAUUGUGCUUCUCACAGUCCCCUUGGGGAAAAAAAGCAAGUCUGCUGUGAAGAUGAAAAUUAAAAGAGGAGAGAAAAUACUGGAAAAUGAUUUUUUUCUUCCUAUUUAUUUCCCUCGCUGACUGCCAAUUAGGGUGCCAAGAAGAGGUCUGAUGACAGCGAUGGAAGCCCCCAGCUCCUUCUCCCCGAGGGCACAGACAUGUAGGGGAAACGCCAGUUCUCUUGGCAGGGUUCUCCUGUAAGAGCUCAGAGCUCCCUGUGGCUCCCUGGUGCUCCCAAUGAAGCUGCCAGGAGGGGACUUCAGAAAAGCCCGCUUUGCCCAGGGACUGGCCUGGACUCUCCAUUCAGUCCAUGCAUAAUGGGUUGUCAUUUUGGAUGAAGGUAAAGGAUGCUCAGAAUUGGAUUCUGAGAUGUAUAGAGAAAUGGUUACUUUUAAAAAUGUGUGUGUGUGUUUGGGGGCGGGGGGCACGCGCACACACACGCGCCUGCUGAUGGGGUGUGUGAAGGGAACAGGAUGUCUGAAAUAAGGAAAGGAAACCUUGGAGAAUCUUGUGUCUUUCUGCCUGCCCCUCUGAUGCCUCACAGAGGGGCUGAGCCUCGCUGUUUUCAGGAUUAUCAGCCCACAGGGGCGGGCGUAAGAGGUGGGACAGAGGAGGGUGUGGGCUCAGAGGGAAGCUGAGCUUCUAGCCCACCUGCCCAUCUCCUGGCCCCUCUGCUGGUAUUUGGAGGUGAUUGGUGGGUGGAAAGAAGGCUGAUGGUAGAGGGAACUGACUGGGACACCCUCUUAUCUAUUGUCUGGCGCUGGCCUUAAGACUCUGCAAAACAAAGCACAAAAGACUCCCUCUCCUUCCAUCUCUGAGAUCUUUGUUUUGUGAAAUGAGUGUUCUUGAAUUAGAAACGCUGUGAGACCAGUUUUUGAUGAUGGGCCUUUCAGGAAGGAAAAAGGAAAUAUUAUGUGUAGUUUGUCUUAAUAAAGUCUGGCUCUGUGUU